AUGUCGGACCAGAUCACGCGAGAUUUCCUGCGAGAGUUGGUCCAAAAAAAAGAGGACCUGUCCGGGAAAAAGAGGACGUAUGGUCACCCUAGAUCUUUCGUUAUGGAUCCAGUAGAAGUGGAACGACGUUCAUUCAGUCCCGCGCACUCUCCGGAUCCCGAUUAUGAUUCCGAUUCUGAUCCUGACCGCUCGCAGGACUGGGUAGACGAGGACCACGCCUCCCAUUUGGAUCUACAGAGUGGAGAAAUUCUGAAGGUCAUAAUCAAGGAAGAGGAAGCUGAGGAUGAAGGUUACCACUGUGAAGGAACGUUAUCUCCUGUGGAGGAUCUCUCCCCUGUGGAACAUCUCUCCCCUGUAGAAGAUCUCACCCCUGAAGACCAGCAGAAUGGUGAAUUCCAAAAGGAGCCUGUAAAAAAGGGAGAACAAGACCUCAUCCUGAACAACUCCCUGCUGCAGGUCUUCUCCUGCUCCCUGUGUCCACUUUCUUACUCCUCUCCAACGCACCUCCAAAAACACAUCAAGAGAUGCCACUGUGGUGCCCAUGAUGCCCUGCUGGAGUCAGGAGAAACAGGAUAUAAGAGCCUGAUGCCCAACAGAAGCUCCAGCAGUCAGCAGAUAUACUCGGGUACUUUGAGCUCUACUGCCUCUCCUGGCCGGAGGCAGAAAGACAUUUUCCUCUGCUCGGGUUGCGGGAAGAGCUUUAGUUACUGGAGCGCUCUUCAAAAACACCAGCGCAUUCACGACGGAGAGCAGCCGUACCAGUGUUCAUACUGUGUGAAGAGUUUUAUAGACAUUGGCUCUUUUACGAAACACCAGCGCAUUCACACCGGAGAGAAACCCUAUCAGUGCCCGCUGUGCGGGAAGAGUUUUACCAACCAGAGUAAACUCAAAGUGCACCAUCGCAUUCACACCGGGGAGAAACCCUAUUCCUGUUCACACUGUGGGAAAAGCUUUAAUCGGGCCGAUAAUCUCCAGACCCACCAGCGCAUUCACACCGGGGAGAAACCGUAUCACUGUUCGUUCUGCGGAAAGAGUUUCAGCGAUGGCGGCUCUUUCUCGAAACACCAGCGCAUUCACACCGGACGCAAACCGUACCAGUAUUCGGCCUUCGGGAAGGGUUUAGGCGACGACGGCUCGUUCGCGACGCACCAGCGCGUUCACACCGGGGAGAAACCGUAUCAUUGUUCGGACUGUGGAAAGAGCUUCAUCGCGGCGAGUUCUCUUCAAAUCCACCAGCGCAUUCACACCGGAGAGAAACCCUACGAGUGCGCACACUGCGGGAAGAGUUUUAAUCGUGCCAAUUCUCUCCAGAAACACCAGCGCAUUCACACCGGAGAGAAGCCCUACGAGUGCUCGGACUGCGGCAAGCGCUUCAACCGGGCCAACUCCCUCCAGAUCCACCAGCGCGUUCAUACCGGAGAGAAACCGUUCUCCUGUUCGCAGUGCGGGAAGAGCUUCAACAACCAGAGCAAUCUGAAAAUCCACCAGCACAUUCACAGCGGAGAGAAGUCGUACGAGUGCCCGCACUGUGACAAGAGCUUCAGUCAGCAGAGCAACCUCAAGCGGCACCUGCGCAUUCACACCGGAGAGAAACCGUUCCAGUGUUUACAGUGCGGGAAGAGUUUCACUCGCAGCUAUAAUCUACAGAACCACCAGUGCAUUCUGGGCUUUCAGGGUGAAGAGGAGGACGUGAUUUAAAACUAAAAGUGUAACUACAGCUUUGCUCAUCCAAAACGUUUAAGAAACACUAAAACACAAACGUCGGAGUUUUGCCUCGUACUGGUGCUUAGAUGUAAACUGUAAUUUUUACUU